GCGUGGAAUUUCGGGCGGGAAAAAAGUAAAAACAAUAAAGAUGCCACCCGAAACAGGUGAAACAUCGAAAGUGGCCGAGCGGCGGUACUGCGGCCUGGGCAACCAUUUGCUCAAGACGCCCAACACCACAAUUAAGGAUUCAAAUAUGCGGCACUUUGCACUCAACAUCAAUCCGGAACUGCGACGGGAUACUCCGCUCUGCAUGGAUUGCUACAAGACACUGGGAAAGAUCUACAGGUUUAAGUUGAAACAUGCAAUCCAGCAUCGUCAAAAGCAGCAGGCCGAGAGCAUCUCGGACGUGAGCUCCAGUCAGCGUCAGGACUUGCUUACUUCCUCGUCGGAGGUCACCUCGAUGACGUCCAGCACAAUCAUAAAUAGACUGGCGACGGCCACAGCGACGGCUGCUAAGCCACCAACACCCGUACCCGUCCGUACACCCUCACCCUCGAGCGACAGCGAUGAUAAUAUGCCCACAACUAGCGCGGCGGCGGCAGGAAAACGCAAGCGCUCGCAUCCAAUGCCAGAGGCACAGCCCGUCGCACAGGCAUCACACAGAUACUCUGUGAGCGAUGACGACGAUGCCAAUUCGGAUCUGAGCCUGAAUGCGGUGAAUGGGACGCGGCUGCCACACAUCCAGCCGAUACCGAAACGACGCCAGGUGGUGCACCUUAACAAGACGGCCAUGGAUAUCUAUCUAGCAGGGACCACAGGCGGAUGAUACUCUAGUCUUGUAAUUUUUUUUUUAUUUACAAAAUUGUGGCAUAAUACUGCACCACAAUGUUAAGACAUUUUUUUCGUUGAGCCAAAUUAAGAAAGGGCUCGAA